CAACGUCACAAGUGGGUAACCCGGAAAUUAGACCGAAGAAUAAGUACUGUAUAAUUUAAUUAAUGUGCUAAAACGAAUGAAUUCGGGUCAUCUUCUAACUGUUCAGCGCCUUCUACAAUACUACCACCGUCUUUUUCUCUUCGCUGAUCAUGUUAGCUACCCAGGUCAUCUUUGCCAGUUAGGUUGCUUGUGCGUUCGUUCCGCGCUUGGAGUAAUAUCGACGUGCUGUCCCAGAUGGUAGACGGUGCUAAUGGCUAUCCCAGUCUGCCAUACAGUAUAAUUUUUACAAAUUUAACAGUGUGCAGAUUGUUAGGAGUUUUUGUAUAUUGUUAUAAUUUGUUUUUCAAAUAUAUUCACAGUUUUUUUUAAUUUUUGAUGGUCAUUAUCUAAUACAUUAAACAAUAGCACAUUAUUUACUCUGCAGUUGGUUAGUGUUGGCAAAAACAGCUUAUCGGUUAUAAUUACGCGAGACCGUGGUGCAUGUACUGAGCAAUUGGAGAGCUCUCCUGUCAAUCUACGGGUUGUCAAACCCUAAGAGCCUCCCCCUUAGUAGGCUGCUCGACUGCACGUGUGGCGAUAUUUCACAUGGUACCUUAACAUGAGUUUUUAAUUAUUAUAUUCACAAUUGAAAAUAUUGAACUUGGGACACCUUGCAUACCGGUAGUAAGAUAGAGUGUAUGUAAAUGUAUUUGCAUUUUACACUUUCUGAAACGCCUUGUACUCAUGCAGUUUUAAGAAAGUAUUUUGAAAAGUGUUAAAUAUUACGGUUAGACCCCCCGGCGAGGCAUCGCCUACAGGGAACCGUUACCUGUUAUCUGAAGCCCAUUCUCCGCUAAAAGAAAGCACGUGCCCGUUACCGGCGUGACAGAACGUGUUCCCUAGCAACCUUAUCGAGACAAAUUAAACAAGAGUAGCGGAUCACGUGGCCAGCCUUCCUCCUACUUUGUGAUCGCGGGGAGAAAAUCAGUGUCUGCAUCAAGAGGAGACUGGGCGUCAAGUUCUGAUUCCGAUCUGGAUUGGCAUUUUGACCUUUCAUGCAAGAGCGAAAUCGCUACAGCUUUUCUGGUUAUUCCAAGUUAUUGAGGUGUUCCAUGACUGGACUUGCUAAGCUUUUACAUGAACGACUGCUGGCAUCGCAAAGUGGAAGAUCAACAAAAAGGCUUAUCUAGUGAAGAGGGUAGCAGUGUGUUCAGAAUGGACAGCAGUGGUGACUCCAUGAAGCCUACUCAACAUGUGCUGCUGGUGGGAGAGGGAAACUUCUCCUUCUCUGCCUCCCUGUGUAAGACAGCAGAAGCUGACACAAAGAUCACAGCCACUUGCUAUGAGUCAGAAGAGGAAGCAAAAAAGCAAGAGGAAGCCUGCAAGAGUAUCCAGUGUCUGGAGGAGAAAGGAGCUGAGGUGUUCUUCAAUGUGGACUCUACUAAGCUGGCUGAGUUCCCUUGCCUGGCAGACAAGAAGUUUAACUGCAUUAUUUUUAACUUCCCUCACUAUGGAAGAAAGGCAGGUGUGAAGAAAAAUCGAAUGCUGUUGGCCAGCUUCUUUCUGAGUUGUGCAGAUGUACUUACUCAAGAUGGAGAGGUGCACAUUGCUUUAUGUAAUGGACAAGGCGGCACUCCUGCAGACCAGCCAAUGAGAGAAUGGCAUAACAGCUGGCAGGUGGUAGCUAUGGCUGCUGAGGCAGGUUUUAUUCUCAGCAAAAUAUGCCAAUUUGAUUCCUCUAAAUGUGAUGGCUAUAGAAGUACUGGCUAUAGGAGCCAAGAUAAGUCAUUUCACACUGAAGCAGCACUGAAUCAUAUCUUUACUAGAAGUCUCCAGUUUUUACCAGCAAAGCCAGUAGUGAUUGAAGAGAGGGUUGGUAAGGAGCUUGUGAGCUUUCAGGUGCCUGGUGACCUUUGUGAAUAUAUGAACAGAAAUUUUCUUGACAAACAUUCUGAACAUCCUGUGAAUAUCUUGCAACAAGAACUUCUAAAGGAGAUGGGAUUGACCUGGCCAGUGCACAGAAUUGAAAAGAAGUAUCCCUUGCUGUUUAAAAGUAUUCCUUCUGCAUUCUCUUACUGUGACUUUGACAUACUGCCUUCAUAUAUAUAUUGGGUCAGACCCAUUGAGAUCAAAAAGGAUAACUUACUGGAAAGCAUGGAUUCAGGUGACAAGACUCCUGCAGCCUGUGCAGAAUAUCAUACCAUUUACCAUACAGAGGAGGAGUGUGAACAAGCAGAGGGAGUACGAUCUGACACUUCAGAGCCUGAACUUAAAAACGGCAUUGGUUAUGCACUGCGGCCUUCUUUGCGUGUCCAUAUUAAAGAGAUCUUGCAGCAACACGACCUAGAGAUAGAUACUAUCUAUGCUCAUAGUGGACAAAUUUUCAAAAGGUGUCCCGUUUCUCCUAACAGCCUUCCAUCUUCUCAUGAAGCUCUCCUGAUUCAGGCUUUUGAUCCUUCCAAAAAUUCAGAGGCUGCUUGUAAACUACAAGUCUCCCUCGAGAGUGCCAUUUCCACUGUGGUGAGUCUCAUGGCCGACAGUAAAAUCCUUUUUCCAAGAGAAGGACUACUGUCAUUUCAGAAGUAUUCUGAAGAUCCACGAUAUCAUAUUUACAUUGGCUACAAGACUAAAGGUUCUGGUGAACAGCAGCAGCUGAUAGGAAGCUUAGUUGUUAUGCCACAUAACUCAACACACACUAAAUUUCAGAUUUGUGUCGUCUCUUUAAAUCUUAACCUCCUUUCCAUGUUGAUUUUUAACGUGAAUGAUUGGAGAAUGCUGUGGACCUGGGAUCAACGUUUUUUUUCCAGUUUUGGCAGAAACAAUAUGACAUUAUUCAAAGAAUUUUCAUUAUAUCCUCCUUCAUAUAGCCAUGAUGUCAGCUUUUGGGUAGAAACGGAAACAUUUGAUGAGCUGGAAUUCCAUGCUUUGGUCAGACAGGUCUCUUGUGGAACAGUAAGGGAAGUGACUCUGGUGGACAGUUUUCAGCAUCCCCACAUGGGACAUGCCAGUCAAUGCUACCGACUUAUUUACCAGUGUAGUGACAGGGCACUUUCCUAUAGAAAAGCUCUGGAGCUUCAGUUGUUGCUCCGAAGAGAGCUGCAGCAACGCCUUCUGGUCACUCUUAGAUAACAUCUUUUAAUUCUUCUUUUCUUCUUGAUUGAUGGCGAUUCUGAAACACUCAAAGUUUCUGCUACCACUGUUGGUAGUUACAAGAGAAACAUUUUAUAUACUUACCUGCAGAUCAGGCAGAUUGUUGUCAAGGGCUUUUUAUAGACAGUCCUAUCAAUCUUGUAAGGUGACUCGGAUCAUUUUGAUUAAAGCGUGAGUACAGUAUAUGGAAAGAGACCUACUUCUGUAAUGCCCAUGAGGUAUAAAGAGAAAAUAAUUGUCACUUCUUUAUGAUUUAUGAUCAAUGAAAAAUAUUUGUAUUUUGGUGUUCCUAAAGUAUUUUCAGAAACAUUGCACCAAGAAUUUGUAAUCUAAAACCUCACCGAACAUAUAAAUCUAAUUACAGGGGUAUAAAAUAGUUCAUAACCAUAUGUCAGGAGUUGUAAAUUUUGAGAAUUGUGUGGCAUUUAUUCCAAUUUAAUGCCUAGUUUAUACCGUAUAACAGUAUUUUUGUACAGCCUUGUGGCUUUGGCACUGAAUGAAUGUAUGCUCUGCCAAUCAAGUUUCAUUAAGAUAUUUUAGUAAGUCUUCCUGGUUAAAUAAGAAGUAUUGUGUAAUGGAGUUAAUUUUGCCAUGCUUUCUUGUUUUUGUGAGUGAGAUUUAAAAACGCUGAGUUUGUUACAGCUUUUCUGAAUAUUACACCUGUUGAAGAUCUGUGAAUAUAUAAUUUUGUAAGACAAAAUUCCAGUUACCUUUUUUAAAGUUUGCUUGUCAUGCACUUACAGUAUUUACAUUUUGUAAUGAGUAAAUAUAUGCAUUAGUGCAUGAUAAUGAAGCCAGAGCUUAGGCAGCAUCAGGGACUUAAAGGAAGCAGCCCUGUAUGAGCCAUCAGUCCAUCACAGGGAACAUUUACACAGUUCAGUGCUGCCAGUUAACCUAACCUGAAAGCCCUUAGAACUCUACACAGAUUGUCACAAGGCCUGGGUUUGAACUAAAGACUCACCGUGAAAACAUUUGCACUGUCAUACAACCCAGCAUCUAUUGUUAUCAUCAUGUCUGCCAGUCUGCCUGUUUGUCUGCAUGAAAUAAUCCGGCUCCUCAUCUGGAACAUUUAUUCUUCAAGGACAUUUGUUCGGAAAGUUCAGUUGUCAUGGAGACAACUCCAAUACAGCCUGAUGUAAUAACUAACAACAGUAACUAAUAACUAAUUUAAUAGUACAAUUUCUGCAUCGCUUAAGUUGGAAUCUGGUAUUAAUGAAAGCUAUAUCAGUCACCACAAGCCUAUUUGGACUCCGUUUUGUAACAACAAUUUAGUGCUAUUAAAACAUGUUUUUAUGUAAUUUUAUACUAAAAUAUGUAACUACAUUUUAUUAUCACUGUUAUUUUUAGACUCCUUGUCACAAAAAUAUUUAAUAUAUAAAAAUAUACCUGUGUCUUUGAUGUAGUACAACUCCAAAGUGGAAAAAGUUGGGCCAGUAUGGAAAAUGCAAAUAAAAAAAGAAAGCAGUUAUUUCAAAAUUCAUUGUGACUUUUAAUCCAUCACAAAUAGUAUAAAGACAACAUGUUUAAUGUUUAGUCUGGUCAUCUUUAUUUUUUUUGUAAAUUUACAUCCAUUCUUGCCAUUAAGGGCCUGCAACACAUUACAAAAAACGUUAGCAUGGUUCAGUUUAGGUCCAAUAAUCAUAUAACCUCUUAUGCACUAAGGGUGUUCUUAGCAUUAUUGAGUCUAAAGAAAUAGCUGAAGAAUAGCGAGUAUAAGGCUUCAUUUUUUUUAAAAGACUAGGGGGCUUUGCCCUCUGCUAACUUAGCUUGCCAACUUUUCGUUUUUUAUAUAUAUAUAUAAACACAAUAUAUAUUUAUCACUUUAAAGCAACAAGUAAGCAAUUUGUAACUAUGUACAUAUACUUGUGUACUCAUCCCAACUUUUACUUUCAAAUUUAUUUUUCAUACCAGUCCUUGAAACAAUUUUCAGUUUACAACUAGGCGCAGAGAAUCCUUACAUUUUGUACAACAGGUUGGCGCUUUUGUGCUACAAUAUACCGGUCGUCUCCUGGAUCAGUGAGUUUUUAUUUUGUUGUUGCUUUUUCUUGCAUUUCAUGCCUGGAAUAAACUAAGUACAUACUGUACAUACAUUUUCAUACCAACUUCUUCCAAUGCCAAGUUACGUGGUGGGGACAAUGCCUUUCCUGGCAGCCCCGAGCACAGAGCUAGUCAUACAGACACAUACACCUAAACCAGUAUUUCUCAGCUACUUUUGAGUUGCAGGUGGCAGCCACUGAGUUGUGAGCACAUGAGACUUCUUCACAGUAUAAUCCGCCCCACCUCUCACUUCACCAAGUGCAUAAUCCCACCCAAACACAUGGCAUGGGUCUUGAGCUCAGCUUGAGAUCUGUGAAGUAGCAAUUCUACUUCACCACUAUGUAACUGUAAAUAAUAAUCCUAUAAUUUAACUUAUAGGAUGGGGAGAGAAGAGUUUGUUAAGUGUUCAUGUAGCUUGUUCUGUUGACAAAAAGCUUAGAAACCAAGUGAAAGGAAAACCAAAAUAGAACAUAAGAGUGGAUGAUAAAAUGGUUAUUACAUUGUGAGUCAUGGGGAAAGCCAUUAAGUGUGCUAGUUUUUAAAUUUUACAGUUUAGUGUUAAGCGUUCCCUGUUUUUUCUGCUGUGAAAAGUAGGCAUUUGUCACCUCCUCAAGGUUAUUCCUUUAAAUAGACAUGGCUUCCUCUUCAGGUUGUCUCCAUGCCAGAACACGAACAUUAGGCAUUAAUUACCACUUGUCUGAACUGUGAUUACCUUGGGAUGAUUAUCAAAGGACAAGAGAGGAACAUGGUGUGUAUCUGUUAAAGAGUAAUAAACACCUUCAAAUGGUACACCAUUUCACAUUUCACUAACAGCUAUUCAUGCCCAUAUUCAAGAUUUGUAUGCCCUUUGCUCUCUCUAGUGUAUGAAAGAACUUUGGCCUUGCUAUAAUAAAUCUCAAAAGGUAUUAUUCCUAGCAUCUGACAAAAAAUGUACAGUAAUCUUCAAACACUGUCAAAUGGUGCACGAUAAAAGUGGCUAAUUAUUACUUUGGGAGAAUAUGACCAUCUGUAAGCUAAGCCAAUUAUAAUUGACAGAUCUUAAAGUUUGUUGUGGGUACACUGUAACGUGAGCAGAGAGUAGGUCAAGAUAAGUCAAACAAGUUCAAGUUAUUCAGCCGGAACGGGCUGCUUGUUUUCAACUACUGAGCCACUAUGCACACAAUAUGAAGAUGCAAGGGGAUUAUUGAUGAAAGUCAACUUCAGAGAAUUAAGGAAGGCAGCCAAAGAAAGCCUGGCAAAGUAACCAUGCACUUCUCUUGAAAUUAAGAAGCUACAGGAUGUUCAAGUAAAUAGGAAAUUGUUCUUAAAUUUAAAUUAUUUGCUGUAAAAUUACAUUGUAAUUUGUUAAUUAUUUAUAAUAAAAACGUUUUGUUGUU